AUGCUAGAGACCUGUGAAAACCUCACUGCUAUAGGCUACAAUUGGGAUGACCAUGAUAUUGAAGAACAUUUUCAAAGUUCUACAAGUACAACUUUUCUCAUACGGCAUAAAAGAACACACACUGGAGAGAAACCUUACGAAUGUAACCAGUGUGGUAAAGCCUUUGCAGAAAAGAAUAAUCUCAUACGGCAUAAAAGAACACACACUGGAGAGAAACCUUAUGAAUGUAACCAGUGUGGUAAAACCUUUGCAGAAAAGAAUAAUCUCAUACGGCAUAAAAGAACACACACUGGAGAGAAACCUUAUGAAUGUAACCAGUGUGGUAAAGCCUUUGCAGAAAACAGUACUCUAUUAAGCCACAAAAGAACACACAGUGGAGAGAAACCUUAUGAAUGUAACCAGUGCGGUAAAGCCUUUGCACAAAACAGUGCUCUCAUAAGCCAUAAAAGAACACACACUGGAGAGAAACCUUAUGAAUGUAACCAGUGUGGUAAAGCCUUUGCACAAAACAGUGCUCUCAUAAGCCAUAAAAGAACACACACUGGAGAGAAACCUUAUGAAUGUAACCAGUGUGGUAAAGCCUUUGCACAAACCAGUACUCUCUUAAGCCAUAAAAGAAAACACACUGGAAAGAAACCUUAUACGUAUACUCAACAUGAUAAAGCCCUUGCACAACAGAGUAGUCUCCAAAAACAUGAAAAAACACACACACACACUGGAGAGAAGCCUUUCAAAUGUAAUCAAUGUGGUAAAGUGUUUGCACAAAAGAGUCAUCUCAUAAGCCAUAGAAGAACACAUACUGGAGAGAAACCUUAUGAAUGUAACCAGUGUGGUAAAGCCUUUGCAGAAAACAGUACUCUCUUAAGCCAUAAAAGAACACACACUGGAGAGAAACCUUAUGAAUGUAACCAGUGUGGUAAAGCCUUUGCAGAAAACAGUACUCUCUUAAGCCAUAAAAGAACACACACUGGAGAGAAACCUUAUGAAUGUAACCAGUGUGGUAAAGCCUUUCCACAAAAAAGUCAUCUCAUAAGCCAUAAAAGAACACACACUGGAGAGAAACCUUAUGAAUGUAACCAGUGUGGUAAAGCCUUUGCAGAAAACAGUACUCUCUUAAGACAUAAAAGAACACACACUGGAGAGAAACCUUAUGAAUGUAACCAGUGUGGUAAAGCCUUUGCAGAAAACAGUACUCUCUUAAGCCAUAAAAGAACACACACUGGAGAGAAACCUUAUGAAUGUAACCAGUGUGGUAAAGCCUUUGCAGAAAACAGUACUCUCUUAAGCCAUAAAAGAACACACACUGGAGAGAAACCUUAUGAAUGUAACCAGUGUGGUAAAGCCUUUGCAGAAAACAGUACUCUCUUAAGCCAUAAAAGAACACACACUGGAGAGAAACCUUAUGAAUGUAACCAGUGUGGUAAAGCCUUUGCAAAAAACAGUACUCUCUUAAACCAUAAAAGAACACACACUGGAGAGAAACCUUAUGAAUGUAACCAGUGCAGUAAAGCCUUUCCACAAAAAAGUCAUCUCAUAAGGCAUAAAAGAACACAUACUGGAGAGAAACCUUAUGAAUGUAACCAGUGUGGUAAAGCCUUUGCAGAAAACAGUACUCUCUUAAGACAUAAAAGAUCACACACUGGAGAGAAACCUUAUGAAUGUAACCAGUGUGGUAAAGCCUUUGCAGAAAACAGUACUCUCUUAAGACAUAAAAGAACACACACUGGAGAGAAACCUUAUGAAUGUAACCAGUGCAGUAAAGCCUUUCCACAAAAAAGUCAUCUCAUAAGCCAUAAAAGAACACAUAUUAUAAAGAAACCUUAUGAAUAUACCCAACAUGAUAAAGCCUUUGAACAGCAGUGUGGUAUCCACAAAAAAGAAAAGACACACAGUGGAGAGAAGCCUGGUGAGGGUAAUUAG